GAGUUUUUAUAUAUUUAUUUACUUAUAGAGACCAAGUUCGUAUUUCCGGUCUCCUGUACCAAGUUUUCCUCCCCGGGUUAGAUCUGAGUCACUUUGCUUUAGAGUUUCCUUCGGCAAUGGCAAAAGCCUUCAACCUAAGUUCAGGAACCCGAAUCACUCUAAUUUUGUUGAUAUGCUUCACCAUUCUUACCGAAGCCAUUUGGUUAAAUAUCCCCAGUUCGGGAACUAAGUGUGUGUCAGAGGAAAUCCAAACACACGUCGUCGUUUUAGCUACUUACUAUGUUGUUUCUGAUGAUACCAAGGGUCACCCGCUUCCUACUAUUUCUGCCAAGGUGACAUCUCCAUACGGAAAUAAUCUUCACAACAAUGAAAAUGUUACUCAAGGUCAAUUUGCAUUUACUUCUACUGAGAGUGGGAACUAUGUGGCAUGCUUUUGGAUGGAUGGUAAAAAUCUAGAUGGUUCCUCAAUCAGCCUUGAUUGGAAAACUGGAAUCUCUGCCAAAGAUUGGGACUCUGUUGCAAAAAAAGAAAAGAUAGAGGGAGUUGAACUUGAGCUAAGGAAACUUGAAGGAGCUGUGGAAGCCAUCCACGAGAAUCUAUUAUAUUUAAAGAAUAGGGAAGCGGAAAUGAGAGAAGUAAGUGAAGCAACAAAUGGCAGAGUUGCAUGGUUCAGUAUAAUGUCUCUCGGCGUCUGCAUUUUGGUUUCGGUGUUGCAGCUGUGGUAUCUGAGAAGCUACUUUCGGAAGAAGAAACUCAUAUAGAUUUUAUUUUCCCUUAUUGUCUUUGUUUGUAACUUAGAUACAAACACACAAAUUGAGUACAAAUGCAUACAAUCAUGUAAAUACUAAAUACUAAGCAUAUGCUUGUAUUGGUUUUCCAAACUCCCGAGUGCCUUGAACAUGUUAAUGACCCGAUACAAUUUUUCUCUCUCACGUAUUUGUUCCUUUGAUAAUUGAUACCUAUGCAAUGUGGGUUUAGAUACUCAUAAAUAAAUGCAUACUAAGUUGUUGGAGA